AUGGCUCGGUUCACCGAUAAAGUUGCUAUUAUUACUGGUUCCUCCAACGGAAUCGGUCAAGCCACUGCCGUUCUUCUGGCUUCUGAAGGCGCCAAGGUUACAAUCACCGGAAGAAACUCUGAUAGACUCGGAGAAACCAAGAAACUUAUUCUCAAUGCUGGUGUUCCUGAGGGAAAUAUCAACGUAGUAAUCGGAGACAUCACUCAAGAAUCCGUUCAAGAAGUUCUCAUCAAGACAACUCUUGAAAAGUUUGGAAAGAUCGAUAUUCUUGUGAACAAUGCUGGCGCAGGAAUCCCGGAUGCUCAAGGAAAAUCUGGAGUCAAUCAAUCGAUUGAUACCUAUCACAAAACUUUUGAGCUCAAUGUGCAAAGUGUCAUCGAGAUGACCCAAAAGGCUCGUCCCCACUUGGCAAAGUCUCAUGGAGAAAUUGUGAACAUCUCUAGUAUUGGAGCGGGUCCAGCUGCACAAGUCGCCAACCCUUACUACUCUAUCGCCAAGGCAGCAUUGGACCAAUACACCCGUACCGCUGCAAUCGACUUGGCUCCAGAAGACAUUCGUGUCAAUUCAGUGAGCCCUGGAGCAGUGGCAACCGGAUUUUCAACUGUCUGCAGAGGACUCGAUGAGCAGAAGUCAAAAGCGAUGUACGACUACCUUGGCUCCCAACGUGAAUGCAUUCCACGUGGAUACUGUGCUGGACCAGAAGAUAUUGCCAAAGUGAUCGCAUUUCUUGCCGAUAGAAACGCGUCGAAUUAUAUCAUCGGACAAACUAUUGUUGCCGAUGGAGGAACUUCUCUCAUCCUCGGAGCACACGCUCAUGGAUCCAGAAUGAUUGAAGCGAUUUUUAAAUAA